ACCCAAAUUCAAACAAACAAAGAUUCAAACUAAUCUUAAACAAAUCAAACAAUGUCCGGUGAUCCUCGUACUGUUGUCAGAAAGUUUCUUGCCAGACCCCAACAUGAAGGUGCUGGAGCUGUUGUUAGAAGAAGCAUUGGAAGGUUUGAGCUUAAAUAUUUUGACCCUUUCCUUGUUCUGGAUGAAUUCUCUAUAACCGCGCCUGCUGGAUUUCCUGAUCAUCCACAUAGAGGAUUUGAGACUGUCACAUACAUGUUACAGGGAGCUGUAACACAUGAAGACUUUGAGGGGCACAAAGGGACUAUUGAAGCUGGUGAUUUGCAGUGGAUGACUGCUGGAAGAGGAAUUGUGCAUUCUGAAAUGCCUGCUUCAAAUGGCACUCAAAAAGGAUUGCAAUUAUGGAUCAACCUCUCGGAUAGACAUAAGAUGAUCGAGCCAAGGUACCAAGAGAUUGCAAGUACAAAUAUUGCAGAAGCUAGUGAAGAUGGUGUUACUGUCAGAAUAAUAGCAGGUGAAAGCUUAGGGAUGCAGUCACCAAUCUACACAAGAACACCUACUAUGUUUCUUGAUUUUACACUUGAACCAGGAGCCUAUAUGCAACAACCCGUACCCGAAUCAUGGAACGCGUUCGUUUAUAUACUCGAAGGCGAAGGAGUAUUUGGGAAAUCAAGAUCAUCAUCAACCACAGCUCAUCAUUUACUACUUUUGGGCCCUGGAGACAGGCUCAUGGCAUGGAACAAGUCAUCUAAAAUGCUCAGGUUUAUAUUGGUUGGGGGUGAACCCAUUGGUCAGCCUGUGGUUCAGUGGGGUCCUUUUGUUAUGAACACACAAGAAGAAAUUGACCAAACAAUUCAAGAUUUUGAAAAUUUUGAAAAUGGGUUUGAGAAAGCAAGGUAUUGGAGGUCUGAAGCUACACAAGAUCAGGAGUUUUAGAUAUUUGUUUUUUUAUUUUAUUUUUGUAUUUUGUUUUUCAGAAAUAAUAUAGAUAAAUGUCUAGCUAUUUCAAUGAAUGAUUUUUAGAUUUCAUUCAUUUGUAUAUCUGGAUUUGCUUUUAAUUAAAUUAAAAAUCCUUAAGGUUAUUUUUUAAUUA